UUGAUCAAGUUCCUGCAGUGCCUUCACACCGUCGCACAUUCCUGUCUGUCGCUCCAGGGACUUGCAUCUCUCCCAAUGGAUUUAAAUCACUUUAGGCUGCCUUUGCUAUUUUUGGCCACUCUUGGAUGCUGUUCUGAGGGCAGUCCACUUUUAAACGAAAAAGUAAACGGCGUUAUAGGUAAAAAUGUGACUUUCAAAACGACAAUCACCGAUACGGGGAAUUUUUUGACCGUUAUUUGGAAUUUCAAUAAUGGUAAAAAAAUUGUCCCGAUUGUGACGGGCCUUCCGAACGGCAACAUCAUCGAUGACAAAUACGCCGCAAGAAUCAAAUAUAAUAAGACAACGUGGGAGCUUCAGCUCGUCUCGUUGAUGGAGGAGGAUUCAGGGGAAUAUACUCUCGCUAUAGUGACCACAUCUGGAAGUCAGCUAUCAGGACAAGUUCUUCUUGAGGUUCUUGAACCCGUGUCUGACGUCACGAUUAUAUCCAGUCUCACUGAAGCAGUAGAGAUCAACAGCACCGUGGUUCUGACCUGUUCUGCCAAAGGCUCCUUCACAUACAUGUGGAUAAAUGGUUCGGGCCCAGUAGUGCCGGAUGGAGCACACAUAAUGCUGAAUUCAAAUGGCAAUGAGCUAACAGUUAGCGAAGUUCACCGUACGGAUCUGCGCGGACCCAUCUUCUGCAUCGCAAAGAACGCACUGGAGUCAGGGAAGAGUGCUCCAUUUAAUCUUAGUGUGAGCUAUGGCCCAGAAAACAUUGUCAUGAAGCAGACUCCAGCCAUGCCCUUCCUUAAGAAAGGCUCUAACUUAACGCUUACAUGCGCAGCUGACUCGGAUCCUCCUGCUCAGCUUCAAUGGAUGUUUAACGGGGCAGAGCUGCAGUCCCAGAUGGCCACCGUGACCAUCGCCAAACUAGAGGAAACGCACAGUGGCAACUACAGCUGUGUGGCUUACAACACUAAGACCAAGCGCAAAGUUGUCUCACAGGUUGCUGUGGUAUCUGUUCUGGAUGCCUUAAGUGGAACCAAUAUUACCAGCCCUGCCUCACUUCUCAUUGCUGGUAAUAGCACGGUCAGCCUCACCUGCAAGGCAGCUGCUGGCAAUGCUGACAAUGUGGAAUGGUUGAAGGACGGAAAACCUCUUGCUCCUGGCGAGCGUGUCAUUCUCUCAGCGGACAAGAGCAUUGUGACCAUCGCUAAAGUCGCUAAAGAGGACGCCAGCGUGUAUAAGUGCAAACUGACAAACAAAGUGAGCACAGAUGAAGCCACCUAUAAGCUGCUGAUCAACUAUGGUCCAGAGAAUGUGAAGGUUAGCGGAAAGAAUGCAGUGAAGUUUGAUGAGACCAUAGAGAUAUCCUGCUCUGCAGAAUCUGUUCCCGCCAGCACCUACACAUGGAAACUCAAUGAAACAAUGAUUGACUUCAGCCUGGCAAGCUUGCGCAUCGAAAAGGCCAGUCAAAAGGACAGUGGCACAUACACCUGUGAGGCUCACAACCCCAUCACUGGAAUGACAAUGAAAACAACGCACAAACUAGCUGUGACAGAGCUUGGUCUCGUAGACGAGGGCCUUUCUGGGGGAGCAAUUGCUGGAAUUGUAAUUGCUGUGAUCAUAGCUAUAAUCAUCAUCGCUUGUAUCUAUUGCUGCUGUAAAAAAACUGAAGACGUUCCAUCGCCAUAUUAAAGCAAGAUCUGACAGUGAGGUGAACUGAAUCUUCAAGACCAAUCCUUCAGCCACUUAUCAGUCCUUUUAUCUGCAAAAUCCCUCUAUCAAGGCGUCUGGAUAAACUGCCCUCACAAGUGAAAUACACCUGCAGUGUUGGCUCUCUUUAUAUCUUAAUCCAGUCCAGAGUGCCUGUAUGUAAAUAUCCAUCCCUCUCCUUGUUUCUCCUUUGUGUACUCAAUUACUCUGCGAAAAUGGACCCCAUUAUUAAGGACGUGAUGGGGACGAAGGGUAAGCAGUGACACUGUUUACUUCACGGCUUUAUUCUCGCCUUUAUCUGCAUUUGGACCCUAUCACUUCCUUACCUUGGCUGAAGUGGACAGCUUUCUUUGUUCCUCAAGAAACGUGAUAUACCUUCCAUCACCUCCUCAAUCUUUCACCCAACCAUCAAACAAUGGGCCGUUGCGAUUUGACAUCUCAGAGUUCCAUUUGAAAGAGCUUUGGGUGAUGAAAUACACCUCAAAUGCACUGAGGGGUGAUGAGACUUCACGUCUGAGAUCUCAACACAUCCACAAGGCACUGAAACAUCAAGAUUUUAAGACCUGUUCAAAAUACUCAGAAGUCCCAAGGCAAUGAAGAACGGGAUUGACUAACUUGAAGCCAAUGGCACCUCAGAGUUGUGACGGAAGGCCAUUCUACCAUAACGAAUGCCUUGGAGCACAAAAACAGUUGCUUCAAGCUUCUUACCACCUUUGCCAGUUUGACCAUUUUGUUUUUUUUAAGCUUCAAAACCAUAUCAUUUGAUUUGUUUCUCAAAGUGAGCCUGACGCAUUGAAGUUUGAGAGUAAGGCAAGCUCCAACAUGCUUGAACUGAAAAACGGGGAGAAAAAAAAAGUGCAUUUCUGCAGACAACGACAUACCACUGUUUUGCAGUAAAAUUGCUACUCUGUCCUUGAGCUUCCCCACAAAGAUUCAUUCUGCUGUAAUCAGGAUUCCAAUGGAUUCACAGUCUAAAACAGGCCCCUUUUAAAAAUCACCUUGACUUGAUCUGUCACACAAAAAUGUCUGAAGUUUUAAAGCUGAACACACUUCAUAGUAUUUGUUGAUGAUUUUAUUUUGCAGCUUGUGUUCAAGUUCAUGAUACAUUUGUAUUGUAUUUUUUUUUCUUACCAAGAGAUAUCGGAUCUUGAUUAUCCUCCCAUUUUUUUACUUUCGAAUUUGUAGAUCUUCAACUCCCUAAAUGAAUACACAAAACUAAAGCAGUGAUUGUGAGGAUCUUGUGAUGAUCUGGUUUAUGUUGUUUGGAUCCUUACAUGCACUUGUCUCUGGCAAGAGAAGCAUCUAGUUUACUGAAACUAAGGAUCUGAGCAUUUCUUUAGUUGUGCGUAAGGGUCAAACAGGGCCUUUAUAGCAUGAACAGUGGGCCCAAAAUGUAUUUGGUGACUGAAGCUUAAAAUUGUAUGAAUGUCUUUGCAUUAUAUAAUAAGAUAUCAAACCAAGUGGCAUUCAUAAAAACUAAUAAAGACUUUUGAAACAAAACAUUUAACAAAAAUAAGUUGAAUAAUAAAUAAUAAUAAUAAACCAAAAGCAUUUGAACACUUUCUGGCCACUUCAAAUAACCUUGAGGCCAGUUCGUAAAAAUUCAUAUAAACAAUUUGUUCUCAGAAAAAUGCUCUAGCAUGAUUUGUUUGCAGAUGCCAUUUGGUUUUAUAUUGAAAUUCAGAAAUUGAUAAUUAUGACUUAAGUUUCCCAAAUUGUCCAAAUAUUUUUGGGGCAAGUGUAUGUACAUCCAAAUCCAUAGCAAAAACACUAACACAGUUAUUACGUAUAUUUGUAUUUUCUCUUAGCAUUAAACACACAAAGACAUAAAAAUGCUGAGCUUUAUAACCCAUUGCAACCCUGCAAACAGUUUAUCUCCAGCAGCCUGUAUGUUUUUAGUGGUCCGGGCUGUUGGCAUGAAGAAAGCAGUAAUCAGAGUCUGAGUAAGAUACACUGAAUUAGCGGUUGGUUUGUACUGUGCCACAUUGUUGAGACAGACGUCCUAGGGUUGGCCAAAUGGAAUGUGCUAAUUUAACAGGGAUUAGAAAGGAACGUGUAUUUGUAACAACUUGUAUUAGGUGUUGUAUAAAAUGUGAGAUGUUUUACAUAUAGAUAGAAUUUGAAAUUCAAGUGGUUAAUGUAAACUUUGAAACGGAAAUUGGAAUUUAGACGGAUUCUUGUUGUUGUGAACAACAAGUCUCGUUCAGUGCUUGUAGGCUUAUUUGAAUGAAUAGACACCAAAAUGGACUCUGUAGUGCACUGAACAUUUCAGGGUAAAAUACAGCUUUUCGUCUUUACAUUACGCACAAAGUGGCGUGUCCCGAACAACGUCCGUCUUUUGUGAAAUGUUCACAGGUUGUUUACAGGGUGUUCAUAUUUUCUCCAAAUUAACAGUGUAGCCGUGUUUUAUAAUCUCAGUGAUGCUUUUUAUGUAAUUUAUUUUCAAACGUUUUGCCUUAUGUAACUGUGUUCUGUUUUAUGUUUAUGUUUGAACCGCCCCACUUUUUUGUAUUAUUCUUUGAAUGAUAAGAUAAAGGAUUGCCCUAA